AUGAUUGUACAAGCGUCUCCUCCGGCGCCUGCGCACAACCGUGCCGCGGCGACCGGUUCUUCUACGGCCUUUGCGCCACUUCAUAUGACGAGCAGCCGUAUGCGGAACAAGAAGCUUUCCUACAAGCAGAAAAUAUGUAUCCAGCGCGGCUCGUUUUUGAACGGCGCAGGAAACGCGCUUGUGAAUGGUGUUGCGCCUGAGUUUGAGAGCAACGAAAACCAACAGGACUCUACCUUUGGUGUCGAUCAGCACGAACUCACGGAGCACCAUUUGCAGGCUGCGCUCUCGUCGCACCAAUUGGAAGCCACACAGGGCACGACCAGUGGUGCGACCAAGAAGGCGUACCACAUUCCUACCCCCAAGUCUGUCGAGGUUUUAUCGACCAAGCAGUACAACGACGCAUACCCCCCUAAUGCGUACUCCGAUCCCGUCACCUAUGUACGAUACUCCGACACGGUUGAGGCAAACGUGCGCGGCGCGCCGUACUGUCUCGACGAGGAUGACCAGGGCUGGCUCGACAAGCACAAUGCCAAAGCGCGCAAUGAGCUUGACGAGGCGCUCAAGAAUCCCAAGAACGUGCCUCAGGGUGCCAAGGACCAAGCCGCAGCCGCCGUUCAGGCAGCCGCGACCCUUGCGAGCCAGGAGCCGGAAAAGUACUUGACCAUCACCGAGGACGAAUUCGAGACGGUGAUGUACGUCUUUGAACGUGCCACGUGUGAGCGUCACCCUCUCUUGGAGCUGGACUUUGCCAAGGUGCCCACCCUGGACGAUCUCUUGCCCGAGUUUGACGAGACGUCGGCUGCUGCCGCGCUUGCGGAGCCCGAGCUGCCUGCGUACAAUGCUGAGGCGACGGCCGAAGCGGAUACAAAGCCAAUCAAUGGCAAGCUGUCCCUCAAGUUGAAUGCGGCCAAGAAGGGGGAGAAUGUGGACAAAAAAUGGUCUGCCGAGAACCCUUUCCGUCACCUCUCUCUCUUGAAGCCAUGUGCGCGCCUCAUUUACCCCUGGUGGCACCUGCGCCGCCAGGCGCGGGACGGGAAGCCGAUCGUGCCUCUGCUCAACUUUGACGAGAGCAACGAAAGCGACCCCUAUGUCUGUUUCCGUCGCCGGGAGGUAAAGACGGCGCGCAAGACGCGUAAGACUGAUACCCUCCAGCUCGAAAAGCUUGUGCGCCUCCAGUCCGAGCUCAAGCAAGCCACUCAGCUGUUCAAGAUGGUCGCUCAGCGCGAGCAGAUCAAGGAACAGCAGGUCAAGAAAGCGCACGAAUGCUGGAGCCAAGCGUGCCGCCUGCUCGACGUCAAGCAACAAUGGACUAUCCUCGGCCCCAACAAGGGCCAAGAAGACGAGAACCUCAUCUUUGGUGUACAGCCUGACCCUACUGCGCCCGUGCCGAAUGCUGCGGCGACCGCGCAAAACGCACAGCUCCUCAAGAAAAAGCGCAAGGCCGAGGAGGCCUCGUCGGUCUCGACGACGCUCAAGCUGCGCCGCCCCAAGCCUGGCGACGACCAGGCUCAUGGCAAGACGGUUGGUGUCGAGGGAUCGGGUGGCAUUGGCCCUGCGAUCCUCGAGCGCGUGCGUGCCAUCCAGGCAUACAUCGAGCGUGAGACGCAGUGGCACCAGCAGGCCGACGCCGGCUUCGAGGACCUUACCGAUACCGCGUACCAGCCUCCGGCUGCGCCCUUGCCCCAGCGUGCGUUUAGGCCGAUCCAAUCGGACAACCACGAUACCCACUUCUGGUCCAACCAUCCCGUCGCGCGUCUCGGCAAGCAGCCCUGCUUCCGCCGCCGUGUUGGCCGUGGUGGCCGUGUCUAUCUGGACCGGCGCCCGCUGACCGUGAGCCCUGCGCCUGCGAACAUCGCGGCGUGGCCGCGGAACGUCAACGGGUGGGCUUCUGCACCUCUCUCGAUGGACACUACGCGCGCGCAGCUUGCAGGACAAUACGGCAUGGCUGCCGAAUUGAACCGCACGCAGCGCCCGCUGAUGUUCUCGUCGCGACUCAAACCGACGCUUCUGCCUACGCCCGACAUGCCGAUGAGCACGCAGCAGACGCGGGAUGCCUCGAUGGGAAUGCCCCGCGAGGCAUUCCGCUCGAUGCGCAGCCAUUCGGAGCACAAGGACGGUCCGUUUGCUACCGGAAACCAUGCCGAGGUUGCCAGCAACUCGUCCGACUCGACCGACCACACCAAGUCGACCGAGGACGUGGGUGACGGGCAGAGCACGCAGGCCACUGAUGUCGAGCACGAUGCGAUGCAAGAAGACAAGGAUGCGUGCGCGAGCGAUUCAGAAGACGACUACGAGUCGCCUGAAGAGCAGCGCGAGCGCGCUCGGAAGCUUGCCGAGCGCUGGCGCUACGACGAAGACGGCGGCCGCUGGGCCGGUCUGGGUCUCCUUGGUCUUGGCGGCAUGGAAGGUGACGAGGAGGCGGUGCUCGACGACUUUGACCACCGCUUCAUCCGCUACCGCAUGUCCUUGCUGGACGAGACAAACCUGCUCAAGCUGUCCACUGACUGGACCUACAUGCGCCAAGCGCUUGCCGCAGCCGAAGUGCAUCCCCCGACUGCCCAGGUAAACGUCGAGACGGAAAAGCAGCAGCAGCAGCAGCAGCAGCAGCAGCAGCCUGCUGCGCCACAGAAAGGCAAGACUGAGCCGAGCAAGCCUGCCUCGACGACCGCAUCGGCGACGCCCGAGCCGGCCAAACAAGCACAGCGCGCCUGA